AUGUUGAACCUUGCCGUGUGGAAUGUCCGUGGGCUGAAUAAACGAGACCAUCGGCUUGCAUUAAAGGACCUUGUCUCAGAAUUCAGGUUAUAUUUCUUGGGCAUACUUGAAACGCGUGUUCAACUGAAUAAUGUUAUGCAUAUACAGUCCUAUUUGCUACCUCAAUGGAAGUGGUUUGCUGAUUAUAAUUCCAAUGGAAACCGUAUAUGGCUAGCGUGGGAUGAGAAUUUUAUUGAUGUCCAUGUUCUUGACCUGGGUGAACAAUUCGUGCAAUGUCGUAUCACUAGUAGAGCUGUCAAUGAAUCUGUUAUUGUUACUGUUGUUUAUAGUGCAACUGAGGUGACUGACCAUCAGAUUUUGUGGACUGCACUGGAGACACUCGCUCAGCAGUGCUCAGACGUCCCAUGGUUGGUGGGAGGGGACUUUAAUGCAGUACGAGACCUUAAUGAGGUAUGUGGCAUUUCAGGAGAUAUAAGAAUGGCCACAGCAGAAUUUAAUAACGGUAUUCUGGAGGCGGGCCUGAUUCCACUUCCAAUGCAAGGUGAAUGGUUUACAUGGCAUAAUUGCAGUACAACCGCGCGGAGUUUAUGGAAGCGGUUGGAUCGGAUUCUUAUUAAUGAUCGUUGGCUGGCAAGGUUCCCUACCUCAUCCUAUCAUAGUCUUACAACACGGACAUCUGACUACUCGCCACUGGUUCUACAUGGGGAUUCACAACAACUUAAUGGAGGUAUGUUUCGAUUUGAUAACUAUCUGGCCCUUUCACCUGAGUUCAUUCCCAAUGUACAGAGCAUUUGGCAUCAUGAGGUUGUUGGUAUACUUAUGGAUGCCGUGACAUGUAAACUGAAGGCAUUUAAAUCGGUCUUCCGACUACAGAGGAGGAAUAAGUGGGAUUUGACGCUGAAUGUCCAAUUAGCUAAAGGUUUUCUCGAUGAAGCACAACAAUUGGUGAGCUCUGACAGACAGAAUGAGCUCUACUUACUCCUGGAAUAUUGUUGUCGAAUCAUUUAUGCUAAAGCGACAAAACUCGAACAAAUUAUGUUGCAGCAAAGAGCUAAGAUGCAGUGGAUGAAAGACGGAGACCAAUGUUCCAGGGUUUUCUUUCAUAAGAUUGCUCAGAGACAAAACCUUUUAGGAGGUACCAGACGACGGUUGACAGUGGAUAUUCGAUACCUUAGACCAGGGGUGAGGCACUGUAUUACUGAUGAGGAAGCUAGCCACUUACUCCUACCAUUAUCGCCGAAUGAUGUGAAACAAGCAGUGUUUGAUAUCGCUAAAGACAAGGCGCCGGGACCUGAUGGUUACUCGUUAGGGUUUUUUAAGGCGGCUUGGCCUGUGGUGGGGGAAGAAGUAACGAGGGCGGUUCUGGAUUUCUUUUCUACCGGAAAACUACUGAAACAGAUCAACUCCACAAUUUUGGCUUUAAUACCAAAGGACAUGCAAUUCACCUAUCAUUUGAAGUGUGAGAGUUCCAAGGUUUUCCAGAUGGGAUUUGCAGACGACCUACUUCUUUUCUGCCGAGCUGACUUUGACUCCAUCAGAGUCUUCAAGGAGGGAAUGGACUAG